AUGAAGACCGACUUCAGGUUCUCGAAUUUGCUGGGCACUGUUUACAGCCGCGGCAACCUUCUUUUCACCCCGGAUGGCACCUGUCUGCUGUCGCCCGUGGGCAACCGCGUCUCAGUCUUCGACCUGGUCAACAACAAAUCGCACACUCUUCCUUUCGCGCACCGCCGGAACAUUGCCCGCAUCGCAUUAAAUCCUCGCGGCAACUUGCUGCUAUCCGUCGACGAAGAUGGCCGCGCCAUUCUGACGAACGUGCCCCGCCGUAUUGCGCUUUACCACUUCUCGUUCCGAUCGCCUGUCUCGUCCAUAGUAUUCGCGCCGGAUGGGCGUCAGUUCGCUGCCGCAAUUGGCCGUCAAGUCGAAGUGUGGCACACGCCGUCGACCCCGGAUGCCGGCGCAGACGGCGAGCUGGAAUUUGCGCCUUUCGUACGCCAUAGAGUAUAUACCGGCCAUUAUGACAAUGUUGAGAGCAUAGAGUGGUCUGGCGACUCUAGGUUUUUCCUUACGUCUUCAAAAGAUCUUACGGCAAGAAUAUGGAGUUUGGAUCCGGAGGACGGAUUCGUCCCCACAACCCUGUCCGGACACAGGCAGGCCGUCGUGGGUGCAUGGUUUUCAAAAGAUCAGGAAUCGAUGUACACGGUCAGCAAAGACGGUGCGCUUUUUGAGUGGCAAUAUCUUCCAAAACCUGGUCUGGAUGAGGACGAGCCGGAAGAGGACACGGAGCGUUGGAGGAUAGCUGAGAAGCAUUACUUUAUGCAAAACAACGCGCACGUUACUUGCGCCGCGUUUCACGCCGAAAGCAACCUCCUGGUAGUGGGCUUCUCAAACGGUAUUUUUGGCAUUCACGAGCUGCCUGAGUUCUCCACGAUCCAAAACCUCAGCAUCUCGCAACAUGAUAUUGACUACGUCACCAUCAACAAGACCGGCGAAUGGCUGGCAUUCGGCGCAUCCAAGCUUGGUCAAUUGCUCGUCUGGGAGUGGCAAUCUGAAUCUUAUAUUCUCAAGCAGCAGGGCCACUUCGACUCGAUGAACUCAAUCGUCUACUCGCCAGAUGGUCAAAGGAUUAUCACUUGCGCUGACGAUGGCAAGAUCAAGGUCUGGGACACUGCUUCCGGAUUUUGCAUCGUUACUUUCACCGAACACACCAGUGGCGUAACGGCUUGCGAGUUCGCAAAACGUGGUAACGUCCUUUUCACGGCUUCUCUCGAUGGCUCUGUGCGAGCGUGGGACUUGAUCCGCUACCGGAACUUCCAUAUCCACAUCUGGUCCGUACAGACCGGACAGCUUCUCGAUACACUCUCCGGACACGAAGCACCCGUAUCGUCUCUCGCCUUUGCGCCGAACGGAGGCAAUAUUGUCAGUGGCAGCUGGGAUCACAGCUCCGACAUCCUCAGCUUGGCGUUCCGUCCAGACUCAAAACAGAUCGCGGUAGCGACCCUCGAUGGUCAGCUGUCGUUCUGGUCGGUAUCCGAUGCAACCCAAGUCGGCGGGUUGGACGGUCGUCGCGAUGUAUCCGGUGGUCGCAAGAUGACGGACCGACGGACCGCGGCCAAUGUGGCCGGCACUAAAGCUUUCCAGACUAUUACCUAUAGCGCAGAUGGCACGUGCGUUCUCGCCGGCGGCAACAGCAAGUACAUUUGCUUGUACGACGUGCAGUCUGGCGUCCUGUUGAAGAAAUAUACCGUCAGCGUUAACCUAUCGCUAGACGGCACGCAGGAAUUCCUCAACAGCAAGCUCCUAACCGAAGGUGGACCUCGUGGACUCAUUGACGAGACUGGUGAUGCCUCCGACCUGGAAGACCGCCUUGCCGGCGAUAAGACACUGCCUGGCGCGCAGCGUGGCGGCGACAUGAGCUCGCGGCGUACUCGUCCGGAGGUCCGCGUUCCUGCAGUAGCCUUUGCGCCCACGGGUCGCGCAUUCUGUGCCGCAAGCACGGAAGGUCUGCUCAUUUACAGCCUCGACAACACGCUGCAGUUCGAUCCCUUUGACCUCGAUGUGACGGUAACGCCUGACUCGACGCUGGCGGCGCUGAAGGAGGGUCAGUACUUGCGCGCGUUGGCCAUGGCUUUCCGGCUGAAUGAGCGUGGCCUUAUCGCUCGAGUCUACUACGCGACUCCUCUCCAGGAUGUGGCACUUGUCGUGCGGGACCUUCCGCAAGUGUACCUUGCCCGCCUCCUGCGCUUCGUUGCAGCUCAAGCAGACGAGAGCCCCCAUCUCGAGUUCAACCUCCGGUGGAUCGAGGCGCUACUUACCAGCCACGGCCGUGUGCUCAAGGACCGGCAGGGCGAGUUUGCACCGGAGCUGCGUGCCGUCCAGAAGGUCGUUGCGAAGGUGCAGCGGGAGGUGGCACGGCUUGCGGAGGACAAUGUGUACGCCAUUGACUUCUUGCUCACCCAGCCAGUCGGCAGACAAAACGGUGCGCUGGGUGCCGACGACGUGCUUGGGCUCGUCGAGGACGGCGAGGAGAUGGAAGUCGAGGAGGGUGAGGGAAGCGACAGUGAGAGCGGUGAAUGGAUGGGACUCGAUUGA